UUGUGAUAAACUUAUUAAAUAGAUCUUGAAUGCUAAAAUCGCCGUUUUUGAAUAUUCAGACUGAGCCACGAAAGAAGAAAUUCCUGAAAUGUUUGGCUUCGGAUCUUCAAAACCAAAAAAGAAGUUCAAUAUUCUGGACACGGUUGAGCGGCUGUGUGAUCGGAUCUCGACCAGUGAGUUCCUAGAAGACAGAAGAGAUGCGGUGAGGGGACUGAAGGGACUCUCGAGGAAGUACAGAGUACAUGUGGGGGCACAGGGACUACCCGUCCUAGCACAGGUGCUGAGGAGUGACUACUCGGACACUGAAAUCACGCUCUUAACCGUGGACACAUUGUACAAUGUAAUGUGUGAUGAAGAUGUAGAAGUGAACGGUUUGGAAAACGGAACGGGCGCCAACACGACUGAAGACGAAAGCGAACUUCUAGAACAUUCUACCGCGUCAUCAUCUUAUCAUACAAAUUCCAGUUCAGCAUCUAAUGGAAGUCCGCCGAAGGAUCUCGGAGUUCAGUUUACAGAAAUGUUCAUCAAGCAACAAGAUGUAAUAUCAUGCCUACUAACAGCCUUAGAAGAUUUCGAUUUUCAACUACGUUGGGCAAUCGCAAGAUUCAUUCACCUAUUGUUAGAAAACGCGCAGACGAAAGUGCAGGAAAUUGUGCUGACUUCGCCAACAGCAGUGUCAAAGGUCGUUGACCUUUUGUCUGACCCGAGAGAGGUCAUCAGAAACGAGGCAAUAAUUCUCUUAAUUUUCCUGUCACAUCAGAAUACGCCUCUUCAAAAACUAAUUGCAUUCGAAGGAGUGUUUGAGAAAGUUUUGGGAAUCAUAGAAGCAGAAGGUUUCAGCGAUGGAUUGAUUGUAGUCGAAGACUGCAUAAACCUGAUAAAUCAAUUGUUAAGUCAAAAUAGUUCGAAUUUGAAUUUCUUCCUCGAAAGUGGAUACACGCAACAAGUUUCGAAGUUUUUCAAUUUUUCAACUGUACAAAAUGAAGAAUGGCAAGCUCAAAAAAUCAAUAAUGUUCUGCAAAUGUUGCAUUUGGUGCAGAGUUUGGUAUCUCCACAGAACCCCCAACAGACAAUUCUAGCGUACCAGAAGAUUUUGUUCAAGCACGGAGUCCUGAACAAAAUGGCCGUCAUUGUUGUAUCUUCAGGACUCGAUUCAAAAGUGAUGUCUGAAGCAAUAGUUUGUAUCGGUAAUUUGAUAGCCAAUAACCGAACCAAUCAAAAUUUCUUCGAAAAUGUCAUGACGAUGCAAUCCACACCUAAGCCUUCGAUUCUUUCCUUGCUUAUGACUAUGGUCAACGAGAAACAAAAAUUGCCUCUCAGAACUGCAAUUUUGUACUGUUUCCAUAGUUAUCUUAUGGGAAAUGAGGACAAACAAUCGGAUAUAAUCAGUACACUUUUGCCUUCGAAAGUAGAUACAAGUAAUGUUACUAGUGGGCAACUGUUAUGUCGAGGUCUUUUUAGCAGGGACCCAUGCAGCAAUUGGCUCUGCUCGGUCGGACUUUCAUACGCUUUAAAUGACAAACAAAAGGAAAAGUUACUUCGGGUUCAACUGGCGACUAGUAUAGGCAAUGCGCCUGUAACCUUAAUGCAACACGCGGUGUCGAUUUUAACCAAGAACGAAUCAACAACGCAAACGAAAAUAGGAAUGAUGAUCUUACUCUGCACGUGGUUGCAUAACUGUCCGACUGCUGUUAGUUCUCUCUUAAGAAUCCCGACAGCCAUUUCGUUUUUCAUUUCAUACCUGUGUGAUACUUCGGUUUACCCGAAGGACGAAGAUAAUGUAUCGCGUGCACUCGCGGCAUUUUUACUUGGGAUCUGUUAUCUCUACAACGAAGACAAUAAGUCAGUUUGUGAGUUUGACCGAAAAGGUUUGAAGCAUAUAAUUGAAAAGAGAAUGGGCUUAGAGCUGUUCAGAAGAAACAUGGGUCUUAUUUCGACUUCAGAAAGUUUCGGGAAAAAUUCUCAGAAAACGUACUUAACUAUUUCAAGUCCGGAGCAUUUGAUACUCGAUUUCGAAAUUGUGACGCUGUUUAAAUCACUUGAGUCAAAAAUUUUGGACGCGCUGUCGGGAGCUGAAAAUGAAGCAAGUAAAGAAGUUGAAGCUUUGAAACAGGAAAUAGCGAGUUUGAAAGAUACUGUUAAAAAACAGGAUUCUUGGCUGAAAAAUAGAGAAACAACCAUUUCAGAACUGAAUCAGAAAAUUGCAGAGAUAAAUGCGGAAAAAGAAAAUUUGAAGUAUCAAAUUGAUGUUAUGUCAACAGUAACGCCUGUAGUCUCAUCGGCGAAUGUACAAACAGAUCCUACGCAACCUGAACCCGUGACGACACCAUUACUAUCGAAUUAUAAUUACUAUCCGUACUACCAGCAAGCCCAACAAUACGCAAUGGCUAAUGGGCAGAGUUAUUACAAUGCUGGUGAUUCACAGACUAAUGUUAUGGGUUGCCAAGAUGUCAAAAGUUCGGAAGAAUACCAACUGCUCUUCGGAGAAAACUCGCAAUUGAAAGCUCAAGUUGAACAUUACAAUAAUGAGUUUGGAAAACUAAGUCAGACUAACACAGAACUGCAAAAUCAAAUUGCAAGUUUGACUGACGAGUUAAAAAGCAAAGUUUCAGAUGCAUCGAAUUCCAUCGAUGAAGAAAAGUUGAAAUGGUACGAAGCUCAGUAUCCGAUCUUGCAACAACAAUACGAACAAAUUUACUCAAGUUUCUAUGAGUUGCAGACCAGUUUCAAUGAGAAAUUUGACCCAGAGCAGAAAAUCCAACAUCUUCAAGCCAAGGUUUAUGAAUGCGAAUCGGUUAAUGCGCAAUGGGCACAAAGUGGUGAGUUUUUAAAUCAGCAAAUAGUCGCUCAGAAUGAAACAAUUGCUGGCCUUAACGCAAACAACGAAGCGCUGAAAAGCCAAGUUAAUGAGUUGAAUUUACGAGUUGCGAGCCUAGAAAACGAUAAAGUUGAGCUGACGUGUAAAGUGGAGGAACUGAGUCUAACUUUAGUCGAAAGUCGAAGAGAUCAAACUAUUCAAAAUGGUUUCAAUGAAUCCGAACUGAGUGCGAAAUUAGACAAUAUCAAUGUAAAUUCGAAAGUUAACUUGACUGUAAAUGGCGGAGCUAACGGAGAAGUUCCAAACGGCGAAGAAAAGCAAAGUUACGAAGAAAUUGAAAAAGAACUCAAUGAUUUGAGGUUAGAUCAAGAUAACCUUCUAUUGCUCUUGGCCGAUCAAGACACGAAAAUUAAGAAAAUGAAAAACAAAAUAAAAGAUAGAGAUUCGAGGAUGUCGGCUAUAAAAGCAGGUCUUGUAGCCAUGGGAGCAUCUGGCCUAAUCGGAGAGGAAAUGUUUGUUGGAAAUGACAGUGGCAAUAGCAGCGAUGAUUCAAAUGAUGAAAAUGUAGAAGAUGGGUUAAAACACAGUGGAAAUGGCAUAUCAACACAUGGACUGAAUCAUCACGAUAGAUACUCUCUGAAUCAAACUGACUCGUCAGUUACAGACUCAAGCUGUAGUUAAACUAAUACUAAUUUGAAAGAAUCGAUCCCUAACUUUGAAAUUCGUUAUCACAAGGAUGUAAAGUGUAAAAAUAAAUGUAGUGUAUUUUAAAAGCUUUGGGUUUUAUUUGGUGUCAAAUUUAAUUAUAUUCUAAUUUAGCAA